AUGAUACACUCUCGCAGAAUUCUCCAGUCGGCCCUGCGCCAGUCCCCCAUACAGACACAAAAGGUUUGGCGACCUACAGUCCGGAACGUCAGCACCACGGCACAACCAAAGGCCUCGAGUCAACCAUCACGAUGGACACGCCGCUUGAUCUAUGCGGGAAUUUUUGGAACACUUGGCGUCGGUGCAGGAAAAUGGCUAGACAAAAAGGUCUCGGCGCCACCAGCUCCUGGAACGCUUGAAGACCAAAUCGAGCUUCAGCAAAUCCAACGCGUGUUUGACGUAGGACUCCCCAUUGUCCAAGAGUUACGCCGAGACCCCGACUACGUGGAAAAGGAGGUCUACGAGAACUUUGCAGAUGACCGCAAAAAGCAUCGGCUGACAUCAGGCCCCUUGGCUGGCAGUAGGGGCUUGGGAUUGCAGAGAGUAUUCUGGAAUGACAAGGAAAAGAAGAUCGUUAGCGUGGUCUUCUUGGGACCAGGCCUCGAAGGCUGGCCAACUAUGGUCCAUGGGGGCGCGCUCGGCACUGUGAUCGAUGAGAACCUGGGACGCAUAGCUAUUCGGCACUUCCCUUCAAGAACCGGUGUCACUGCUAAUCUCAAUCUCAACUACCGAGCUCCGGUCUACUCGGACAAUUUCUACACUCUGCAUACAGCUCUAGAUCAGGAACGGAGCACGGACACGAAGGCAUACGCCAAGUGUGAGAUUCGCGACAUGGCAGGCCGACUUUGUGUUGAGGCAACGGGUCUCUUUGUGGUUCCCAAGACAAUCAAGUUGGGCAAAGUCGGUGAACAUUUCUGA